GUAAGUUCAACUUAGUUCUUCUCCUUCUUGAGGCUAUUUUUCUUUUUAAAAUGUAUUCUCUUAUAGAAUUUGAAAAUUUCCAAUGUUGAACUGGCAAACAAAAAUUGUUCCCUCAAAUACUAUUUAUUGAGUAUCCAUGGGCUUUGUGCCAGCAGCUAACCUUCUCCUGGAAGGACGCCGGCUCUAAAACUAAUAGGGCUUAAUGGAAAUUGGGGACAGAUUUUCAUUGGAUUAAUUGCGGAUCAGGAAAGACUGGAAGUGAAGGGAAAACACAAGGCUUGUUCGGGUUUUGUUGUGAUAUUAAGAUAUGAGUGUAUAUGGUGGUGACAGCUGGGCACCUGAGGCUUAUUGCAGGAAGCGCAGAAUUGAUCUCCUCCUUUCCAAUCAACUUGACGAAUCUCAUUCUCACAAGUUACCAAAUGGCAAAUACGUUUGUCUCGUCUGCUCAAAUCGUCCAGUGCUAGACACUGUCUCCAUGCUCACGAUGCACAACCAAGGGGCAAGGCAUCAGGCUGCAGCUUCCAAACUAAAAGAAAAGGAAGUCAGCAAGCAGGAGGAGAUAACAAAAAGGAUAGCUUUGUCUGAAACUUCUACUACUUACAAUAAUACUUUAGACAAUUACUCUGGUUCUUUUAAAUGUCCUUUAAUAGAAAAAACUCGAAAAGGAGCUGCAGAUGUACUUUCUAAUGGAAAGAAUGCAUCAGGCAACACAUUAAAUCCAAAAUUUGAUCGUACUUUGAAUUAUGCAAAAAAGCCUUUCUUUGAAUCAUUAAAUGUCAAAAAUGUAAACAGAUGUGAUCAGAAAACGGAUUCUACUGUCUGUCACUCUGAGGUCAACAAAGAUGUAAAUUCCAACAUGACUUCUUUUGCACAGAUUAAUUCUAAUGUAGUUAGUAAUGUAGUCCAUGAACAGAAGUUGAACAUUCAGGAACAGAGAGAUAGGGAACUCAAAUUCAGAGCAGCAGGCUGGCGGCGUGAUGGUAAAGGAGGCUGGUUUAGAGAGGAAAAUGUCGAGUUUGAUUCAGACGAGGAGGAUCCAAAUGUUAUAUUACAGACCAGUUUCUAAUGAUAAAGUUCAAUGGUGCCCAAUCCAGGGGCAUGAUUGUGUAUAGCAUGCUACGAGUUUAUAGCCUGUACAAGGCACGCAACAAUAAUGCCUUCGACCGUCCAAGGCCUUUAGAUAGCAAAUCUUAUUAAACCAAAUGAAUGGAAGAUCAUUGAAAUAUGAAAGAAGUAAUUAAGGUCUUACCAUCCAAUUAAACUGUAUGGAGUGACCACAGAUUGUAAUAAUAAGAUCAUUGAAAUACGAAAGUAGAUGUAAUUAAGGUA